CAACUUGAUGGCUUGCUUUAAUGAACUGAUAUGAGUAGCAAAUAGUGAUUACUAUUAUCAUCUUUUACAGUCUGAUAAGUUAUCAAUUGUUUAACAAAUGACAAGCAAUUAAUACAUUGGCCGGGCUGGAGGCUUAAACAAAGCAUUACCAAAAAUUUUUUUAAGCUAUAGCUUGCCAACGGCAACUAUAAAUUGAAAUGGAGGAUCCAGGUUCGAGUAAGCGUGUUCUUUCCAUACAGAGUCACGUUGUACAUGGCUAUGUAGGUAACAAAAGUGCUACGUUUCCAUUACAGGUAUUAGGCUUUGAAGUGGAUGCAAUAAAUUCAGUGCAAUUUUCUAACCAUACCGGCUAUAAAACCAUUAAAGGUCAAGUAUUGCAAGAAAAGGAACUUGGUGAUUUGUUCGAAGGUCUAGAAGCCAACAAUCUACUUCAGUGCUACUCUCAUUUACUGACAGGUUACAUUGGCAAUGAAUCUUUCCUGCGACGAAUUUCCUAUAUCGUGAAAAAAUUGAGACAAAUUAAUCCAAAUUUAGUUUAUGUUUGUGAUCCUGUGAUGGGAGACAACGGUAAAAUGUAUGUACCAGAAGAAUUGCUACCAAUAUAUCGUGAAGAAAUUAUACCACUUGCUGAUAUAAUAACCCCAAACCAGUAUGAAGUAGAAUUAUUGACGGAAAACAAGAUUUCUACAGAAGAUGAUGUUUGGUCUGCAGUUCAAUUGUUUCACGACCGUGGUAUUGAUACAGUUGUAAUAUCUAGUAGUGAGCUCGGCGAUGAAAAUGACCUACGUGCAUUUCUAAGCAAGAAAAAUGGGUGUCGCUAUAUAAUUAAUAUUCCCCGACAAGGAAAUGGCAUAUCAUUCACAGGCACCGGUGACCUCUUCGCUUCACUCUUUCUAGCGCACAGCCACAUAGCCGAUGAUUUGGGUAGCGCAUUUGAAAAAACUAUUGCUUCACUUCAGGCAGUUUUAAAGCGCACAAUUGAAUCUAUGCCAACAGACGUUCUGUCCGGUAAACGUAAAGUAACUGCUCAGGAACGUGAACUUAAGUUGAUACAAAGUAAAAGUGUUAUCGAAAAUCCGCGGGUAGUGCUUAGAGCACAUCAAAUCAAAUAAGCGUCCAAUGCACAAAUAAUUAAACUUCACUGUACAGGGUCAGUCACUUACUUUGCAUUUUUAUAUAUUAUUAAUUAUAUAUAAUACUUCAUAUAUUAUAUAAUAUUGUAUUUCCAUAAAUGUGAAAUCCGGUGUACCUUUUGUUGUUAUAUUGUUAGAUAAGACAAUAAUAAAUGUGAAAUUAUGUAUACAACAGAAAUCUUUUUU